AAUUUCGAGCAUGUUAUAAGUGUAAAAUAGUGGAACAGUUGUGUAUAAAUUCCGUUUUAAAUAAUUUAAGAGUGUCGUACAUUGUUUUCGUUUGAAAGAACGGACACGAUGACGACGUACGAGGAGUUUAUUCAGCAAAACGAAGACCGCGAUGGUAUCCGCUUUACGUGGAACGUUUGGCCUUCGAGCCGUAUCGAUUCCACGCGUCUAGUUGUACCACUCGGCUGUCUCUACCAACCACUAAAAGAACGUCCGGAUCUGCCUCCGAUUCUGUACGAUCCGGUCGUCUGUACACGCGCAACCUGUCGGGCUAUAUUGAACCCGCUCUGUCAGGUGGAUUACCGGGCGAAACUGUGGGUGUGUAACUUUUGCUUCCAGCGCAAUCCCUUCCCACCCCAGUAUGCGGCCAUCUCGGAGCAGCAUCAGCCGGCCGAAUUGAUCGCCGGGUUCAGCACGAUUGAGUACACGAUUACCCGCGCACCAUGCAUGCCACCGGUGUUUCUAUUCGUCGUCGAUACGUGCAUGGACGAGGAGGAACUAACAGCACUGAAGGAUUCGCUCCAGAUGUCACUCAGCUUGCUACCGGCUAAUGCACUCGUGGGACUGAUUACCUUCGGCAAGAUGGUGCAAGUGCACGAGCUCGGUACGGAAGGUUGCUCAAAAAGUUACGUGUUCCGCGGCACGAAGGAUCUGAAUGCGAAGCAAAUACAGGACAUGUUGGGUAUUGGGCGUGUUCCCGGUCCCCAGCAACCGGGCCAGCAGCAACAAGCGAUGCGAGGUACGGCAGCGGCCCCUGUUCCACCGGCAAACCGAUUCCUUCAACCACUGCACAAAUGCGACAUGGCACUUACCGAUCUGCUCGGUGAAUUGCAGCGUGACCCAUGGCCGGUACCGCAAGGCAAACGGUACCUCCGUUCGACGGGGACCGCUCUCUCGAUUGCGGUAGGUCUGCUAGAGUGUACCUACCCGAACACCGGUGGUCGUAUCAUGCUGUUCGUCGGUGGUCCUUGCUCCCAGGGUCCGGGUCAAGUGGUGGACGAUGAGUUGAAGCACCCGAUCCGUUCGCAUCACGACAUCCAGAAGGACAACGCAAAGUUUAUGAAGAAAGCGAUCAAACACUACGAAUCGCUAGCGCUACGCACGGCCACCAACGGUCACUGUAUCGAUAUUUACUCGUGUGCCCUCGACCAGACCGGCCUGAUGGAGAUGAAGCAGUGUUGCAACUCAACCGGUGGUCACAUGGUGAUGGGCGAUUCGUUCAACUCGUCACUGUUCAAACAAACGUACCAGCGCGUGUUUGCCGCCGAUCAGAAGGCCGAACUCAAGAUGGCAUUCAACGGCACGCUAGAGAUCAAGUGUUCGCGUGAGUUAAAAAUUGAGGGUGGCAUCGGAUCGUGUGUAUCGUUGAACGUGAAGAAUGCGUCCGUUUCGGACACGGAAAUCGGUAUGGGUAAUACGGUCCAGUGGAAGCUGUGCACCAUGACUCCCAACACGACGAUGGCAUUCUUCUUCGAGGUGGCCAAUCAGCAUGCGGCUCCCAUUCCGCAGGGUGGACGGGGAUGUCUCCAGUUCAUUACACAGUAUCAGCAUUCCAGCGGACAGCGGCGUAUUCGUGUGACGACCGUCGCACGCAGCUGGGCGGACGCGACCGCUAAUUUGCUUAUGAUCAGUGCCGGGUUCGAUCAGGAAGCGGCCGCCGUACUCAUGUCCCGAAUGGUUGUGUAUCGUGCGGAAUCGGACGAUGGUCCCGAUACGCUGCGCUGGAUCGAUCGUCAGCUGAUCCGCCUGUGCCAGAAGUUUGGCGAGUACGGCAAGGAUGAUCCGAACAGUUUUCGGCUGGCGGAAAACUUUUCACUCUUUCCACAGUUCAUGUACCAUCUGCGCCGCUCGCAGUUCCUGCAGGUGUUUAACAACAGUCCGGACGAGACGACCUUCUACCGGCAUAUGCUGAUGCGCGAGGAUCUGACGCAAUCGUUGAUCAUGAUCCAACCGAUUCUGUACUCGUACUCCUUCAAUGGGCCACCGGAACCGGUGCUGCUUGAUACGUCCUCCAUCCAACCAGACCGGAUACUGCUGAUGGACACGUUCUUCCAGAUACUCAUCUUCCACGGUGAGACGAUCGCGCAGUGGCGCAAAGACAAGUACCAGGACAUGCCGGAGUACGAAAACUUUAAGCAGUUGUUGCAAGCACCGGUAGACGAUGCGCAGGAAAUUUUGCAAACCCGCUUCCCAAUGCCACGGUACAUCGAUACGGAGCAGGGUGGUUCGCAGGCUCGGUUCCUCCUGUCGAAGGUGAAUCCUUCCCAAACCCACAACAACAUGUACGGUUACGGGCAGAUGGCGGUACCGAGUGCGGACGGUGGUGCACCCGUGCUUACGGACGACGUUUCACUACAAGUGUUCAUGGAGCAUCUGAAGAAAUUGGCCGUGUCGUCCACAACCUAAAUGUGGUGUGUGUUUAACGGACGGACA